CGGGUCUCUCAUUCCGACUUUUCCUUUUAUUCUCGCUGCCAUUCGAUCUUUUAGCUGCAGCUGAUACUGACGGUCUCAAAAGUGAAGUGCUCUUGCCCAUGCGAAGAGGUGCUUCAUUGGUUUGCAAGGAUGGGUUUAUUUAAGGCACUCUGGAGGACUUUAUCUGCGCUUUCUGUUUUAUCUAGAGUUAUUUAUGCUAAUUCUGCCAUUACUUGGGAAGUUCAGAGGUAUGAUGGCUGGUACAAUAAUUUGGCAUAUCACGAUCGAGGUACCUCAGAUGCAGCUCUGGUACGCCUCUUGCCGGCGCAGUAUGCUGAUGGAGUUUAUCUGCCCCUGCAGGAACUGCACCUGCCCAACCCCCGCAGCAUAAGCAACACUGCUAUGAGAGGCCAGUCCAGUCUCAUGUCAUACAGGAACAGAACUGUUCUUUCUGUAGCUUUUGGUUACCAUGUGUGGUCUGAGAUCUCAGAAUCCCGAAGGCCUGGCUGCCCUCCUGAGUUCAUGCAUAUUGAAGUCCAAAAAGAAGACCCCGUCUUUGGCUCAAACACCUCAAAGCCAGUCCUACUCCAAUUCCAGCGAGCAGCAUGGGACUCUAGCACGGGCAAAAGUCCCAACAACCCCCGCACACAGGUGAAUCAUGUGACUGCAUGGAUCGAUGGCAGCUCCAUCUAUGGCUCCUCCAGCUCUUGGUGUGAUGCCUUGAGAAAGUUUUCUAAUGGUCUCUUGGCUUCAGGCUCCUCACAGGAUAUGCCUAGACGCAGUAGCAGUGGUUACCUCAUGUGGAGUGCACCAGACCCCACCACUAGCGCUGGCUCUCUGGGACUCUAUGAUUUCGGGAAUGCCUGGGCCAAUGAGAACAUCUUUUCGGUCACAGAGGGAAUUAUUUGGUUUCGUUACCACAAUUACAUCGCCUCCAAACUGUUGCAGGAACACCCCACUUGGUCAGACGAAGAGCUUUUCCAAAAUGCCCGAAAGAGGGUUAUUGCAACAUUUCAGAAUAUAGCAUUCUACGAGUGGCUACCUGCCUAUCUGGGAACCAACAUGACUCCUUAUUCAGGUUAUCAGAAAUAUGUUGAUCCAGGUAUCUCUGCUGAGUUUGAAGCUGCUGCUGUGAGAUUUGGACUAACUCUUGCACCCCCUGGUGUAUAUAAAAGAAACAGGACAUGCCACUACCAAAGUUUUGUAAACUCUGAUGGAAGUAAAUAUCCUGGCUUGCGUUUAUGCAACACCUUCUGGAAGAGAAAUAAUCCAAACCUGAAUUCCAGUCAGGAUGUGGAUGAGCUGAUUAUGGGCAUGGCUUCUCAGAUCGCUGAGAGAGAGGACAACAUCAUUGUUGAGGAUUUGAGAGAUUACAUGUACGGUCCCAUGCGGUUCUCACGUUCUGAUGCAGUGGCUUUGACCAUCCAGAGGGGGCGCGAUUUUGGCCUGCCCAGCUAUAACCAGGUUAGAGAGGGCCUCAACAUGCCACUGGUCAACACCUGGGAGGAGAUCAACCCCAAACUGAACAACACAAAGAUGUUAAGGGAGCUUGCAUUUUUAUAUGACAAUGAUAUCUCCAGACUGGAGCUGUUUGUGGGCGGUCUGUUAGAGUCACAGGAAGGACCGGGUCCGGUGUUUUCCGCCAUCAUCCUGGACCAGUUGGAACGCAUAAGAAAUUCUGAUCGCUUUUGGUUUGAGAACAGACAAAAUGGGUUGUUUACAGAGGAGGAAAUUCAAGCUAUACGUAAUACCACAUUUCACGAUGUUCUUCUCACUGUCACCAAUGCAGAGGAGGGUGACAUUCAAAAGAAUGUGUUUUUCUGGGAGAAUGAUGAUCCCUGCCCCCAGCCUCAACCAAUCAGAGACUCCGAUCUUCAACCCUGCACAAAGGCUUUAUCUAUGAGUUACUUUGACAAUAGCAGCAAAGCAGGUUUUGGUGCAACAGUGGUGGUGCUCUUUCUGUUUCCUGUUGUGAGCUUCAUAGUGGCUUGUGUAGUUGCUCAUAUUCGGACAGCCAGAUACAAACGAUUCCAAAAGAAUCUCAGAGGUUCUACCAGAGAUGGAAAACCUGCAGGUGGAAUCAUUGCCAAAGAGUGGCUGGGGCACAAUACAGCACCGCGACAUGUCAUGCUCGCUUUCAACGAGAAGAAAGUAUUCCAAUUGUUUGAUGACAACGGCUCUCUUCUAAGCUCUCAUAACCUGGUCAACCAAGACCACCUGGGUCUACUAAUGUCCAAUGACCACCAGCAUCGUUGUCUACUUUUGAAGAUUCCCAAAGAGUAUGAUCUGAUUUUGUUCUUUGAGGAUGGUGGUCAGAGAUCAAAUUUCUUGAGUCAGCUGCGUUCAGAGCUGGAAAGCAGAAUUCAGAGUUUGACAUUGAUGGAAAUGAGUGAAAGAGAGAUACUGAGAGAUGCAGUAACCAGAGAACAGAGGGAAAAGAUUGUGGAGACAUUCUUCAAGCAUGCUUUUGCAAAGGUCUUGGACAUUGAUAAAAGUGAUGCAGGACACCUGAGCAAGAGAACCCGAGAGGCUUUACAGUGUGAGCUCACACGAGCUGAAUUUGCAAAUGUGCUCGGUCUGAAGCCUGACUCGAUAUUUGUGGAGUCCACGUUCACCCUGGCCGACAAGGAUGGUAAUGGGUACCUCUCAUUUCAGGAGUUCCUGGAUGUUAUUGCCAUUUUUAUGACAGGUACUCCAGAGGAGAAGUCCAAGCUUCUAUUUUCAGUGCAUAACAUUAAAGGAGAUGGCUUCUUAUCUAAGGAGGAGUUUUCUUCAUUACUCAGAUCUUUCGUUGAGAUGGGUGGUGGUCUGUCUAAGAGUCAGGCCGAUGAUGGUAUAGCAGCUAUGCUUCAGACUGCUGGUCUUGACAACAAAGAUAACUUCAAUUGGGAGGACUUUCACUUUCUACUGCGUGACCAUUCAGCUCAGCUCAACAUUAAAGGUAUGGAGAUACUUGGUAAGAAAAAACUGUCCCAGCGUGUAUCAUUCAUUGAGAAAAAUAGUUCUUCAGUAGAGGAAAGCCUUCCUCACAACUAUGAGAAGGAUCGGGGUCAGGAACUUCGUCAAAGACAGACCAAGAAGUUUGGAUUAAGCACUCCCAAGGUAUACGUGAGGCCACAAAGAGAGCGUUACAACCGAAACCGAGUGCAGCAAUACAUCCAACAAUUCAAACGCUUUGUAGAAAACUACAGGAGACAUAUUGUUUGCAUGGUGAUUAUCUAUGGCAUCACAGCUGGGCUAGCACUGGAAAGAUGCUACCAUUAUGGUUUACAGGCCCACGCCAGUGGAAUUCCAGAAGCCUCCCUGGUGGGUGUGCUCGUGUCUCGCGGUUCUGCGGCUGCAAUCUCCUUCCUGUUUCCUUACAUGCUCCUAACUGUGUGCCGUAACCUGAUAACCAUGUGCAGGGAGACUUUUCUCAACAGAUACAUCCCAUUUGAUGCCGCCAUCGACGUUCAUCGCCACAUGGCUAUGAUUGCUGUCAUCCUCUCAGUUAUUCACAGCUUGGGUCACGUGGUCAAUGUGUACGUCUUCUGCAUCAGUGACCUCAGCAUACUUGCCUGCCUUUUCCCUAGAGUGUUCUCCAACAAUGGGUCUGAGCUUCCAAUGAAAUGGACGUUCUGGUUUUUCAAGACAGUGCCAGGUCUAACAGGGGUCCUUUUGCUUUUGAUCUUUGCCUUUAUGUACGUCUUUGCCUCACACUACUUCAGACGCAUCAGCUUUAGAGGAUUCUGGGUCACACACAACCUCUACGUGCUCGUAUAUGUCCUGACAGUGAUUCAUGGCAGCUACGCCCUCCUCCAAGAACCCCGCUUUCAUAUAUACCUGAUCCCACCUGGCCUGCUCUUCCUUCUGGACAAGCUCAUCAGCAUUAACAGGAAGAAGGUGGAGAUCCCAGUGGUGAAAGCCGAGCUGCUUCCCUCAGAUGUAACAUAUCUGGAGUUUAAGCGACCACUAGGUUUUGUGUACCGCUCGGGACAGUGGGUACGUAUUGCAUGUCUGGCACUGGGCACAGAUGAGUACCACCCGUUCACUCUGACAUCCGCUCCGCAUGAGGAGACCCUCAGCCUUCAUAUACGUGCAGUGGGACCCUGGACAAGUAAACUCCGAGAGACGUACACCCCUGAGAAACUCCUGGAGCUCGGAGGGUAUCCAAAGCUGUAUCUGGAUGGGCCAUUUGGGGAGGGCCAUCAGGAGUGGACAGAUUUUGAGGUGUCAGUGCUCGUUGGCGCAGGGAUUGGAGUCACACCCUUCGCAUCCAUCUUAAAAGACCUGGUGUUUAAGUCUUCAGUCAAGGCCAAAUUUAAUUGCAAAAAGAUCUAUUUUAUCUGGGUGACACGGACACAACGUCAGUUUGAAUGGGUGUCUGAAAUCAUAAGAGAGGUGGAGGAGAUGGACGCCCAUGAGCUGGUGUCAGUCCACAUUUACAUCACCCAACUAGCUGAGAAAUUUGACCUCCGCACCUCCAUGCUGUACGUCUGUGAGCGCCACUUCCAGAAGGUGUGGAACAGGAGUUUGUUCACUGGCCUUCGGUCUGUAACGCACUUCGGCCGCCCACCAUUUGUGGAUUUCCUCAGCUCGUUACAGGAAGUUCAUCCAGAGGUGGAAAAAAUUGGCGUGUUCAGCUGUGGUCCACCUGGUGUGACUAAGAACGUUGAGAAAGCCUGCCAACAAAUGAACAAACGGGACCAGACACAUUUUGUUCACCAUUACGAGAACUUCUAGACCAUCUGCAUUUUAAUUAUAUAUAAGAAAUAAUUUACAAUGGACAAUAUACCAUGGUCCCCACAUUACAUGUGUUAUAAUGUGUUUAUCUCAAGACAUUUUUUAUGUUAUCAGCAUCAAUAAUUCAACAAUGCCAUAGUUUAAAUGAUCAAACACAAUACACCAUUCACAAUAAUGAGAUGUCAUUAUUUGCCAUAUUUGUGUAAUGCAAGCAUUUAAUUUAUUGAGCAUUUAUAAAGCAUUUAUAAACAAAUAUGGUUUGAAAAUAAAACUGUUAGUUUGAAUCAUUUGCUGGGCAUUUUUCUCUCAUUUAGAUCACCCACUCUUGUUUUCUUUAUUGAGAAUUAUCAUUCUCUGUUAGAAUGCAUGAAUGAAAAAUCACAUAUUAUAGAAAUGUUAUGUAAUGGAUGCCAUAUCUUUAUCUAUUGUAUAAUUACA